AUGAGCACCAGAAGAAUGAUAGCUUCUCAGAAAUUCCCAAACUUGGGAGCCAUUAUAAGAUGUGAGCUAAUCACACUGAAGAAACUAUUUUCCAACUGUAACCAGACCCUGCCUUAUGGUGAAGGUGCUUUGAAGGCCAAUAUGUCUCCUCAAAGUCAGUUACGGUUGCAGCAUAGACGAGAACUUCAAACAAUAGGAAGAGAGUAUGCUUCAGGUCCAGUCUUAUCAGACAAAAUCCUCUGGCUAUGCUACAAAUAUUCCCUCCGUGUACCAUAUAGAAUGACACAAAGCCAGGUGGUUCAGCCUGAGGCCCUUUUGAACAUGACCAUAGGUAUGUUGAUUGGCUGGAACAAUACCCUGAUGCAUGUAGUAGCAGAAAUUGCUGAUCUGGAGCCAAUCCCUGAUAUUGGAGCUUUCAUAUCUAAACUCAGAGAGAUAGCUGCAGAAUUCAUAAGGCUAUCAACAGUACUAAAAGAAGUCAAGUCAUUACUCAACCUGCUUCGUCUUGAAUUUGAGGAAAAUGAGGACUACCUUGCCUUAUCUGGACUGCCAUCCCUACGCCAGUUAAAUAAAUCCCAUCGCCUUGUUUUCUACCAUGCACUUCUCACCUGCCUGAAUUAUGAUGGGAAAAGGAUUGCCACUCAUGUCAAGACCCUGAGAUGUAAUAUGGUCCGCAGACAGUGCUAA